AUGAGACCCGGCCGGCUUACACUCGGCUGUCUUCUAUUUCUAGCUGUAUUUUCAGCCACCCUUUGGCCUCGUAUUUUAGUAGUCAGGCGCUGGCUCAAGUCCCAAAUAGCCGGGUUUUUGCUCUAUUCUUCUACUUGCCGUAAGUCUGCUAAAAAAUACCUGGAUGGAGAUUGUAAUGUGGAACCAGGCUCAGCCAAGUCAAAUACCUGGAUUCUAGAACCCCCCCAAAUCCCACCGUUCUGUCAAGCCUUCUCGCAAGACAUCACAAAUCCGCAAUGUUUGGCCGUUAUCCCUACUUCCUAUCCAAGCAGUUUAAUCAACAAAUCAUUUGACUCUCGUCCGAAAACUGCAAGUGUUAUCAGCCGACUUGGUCGGUUCAGAUUCAGUUCGGGGACAAAGAUUUUUCCAUCAUUAAAUGCCUCUAGCCGGUCAAACUGGAAAUGUCAGCCAUGCCUAAGUAAUGAAGUAACUAAAUUCGCGCAAACUGCGGCUCAAUUAAGUGUAAACUCGAAUACGGACUUCUUAGUUCCAUCUCCUUUUCAGACUUCCUAUAGUACUCGUGAUAGUUGGAUUAUGGAAGUAGAGACCAAGCCAAGAAGACUAACCCCAGGUCAUGUUUUACCUCAAAAACUGAGUUUAAAUACUGCAACAUGCUUGAAAUCUUGUGGAAAGAGCCUUACUUCCCACAGACCCAAUGCAAUGCUGUACCCUAUGGAUUGCUUCGCGCCUCCAUCGGAGGUAAAAAUUUCGACUACCCAACUUGACAGCCGUGAUAUAUUGCAGACUCAUGAACUGAAGAACAACUGCAUAAAACCAAUAUACAGAACCCCUAAAACACCCUUAACAAAAUAUAGAUCAUACUCCACAAUCUCAUGCCUUUCUAGCUCCUCCUGCUCCUCCUGCUCCUCCUGUUCAUUCCCCUCUCCUUCUUCUGAAUCCUCUGCAAGGCGCAGUCCUGCUGAGCAAUCUUUUGCGGAUAGCCCGUUGACAUCGACAGUGGACUCUUUAGAUCAUCAUCCUUCCUUCUUAGCCGGCAUCGUCUCAUCUUCGUCUUCAUCUACAUCUUCACCAACAUUAUCCUCCCAUGCAUUUCUGGCUUCUCGAAUAGAGUAUGGUGGAAGAGAUUUCCUCUCUUGUGGCAAUACAACUGGAUAUCGAAGAGGAAAAAGAAAGUUUUCUCAUAAUAAUGAUCUGAAAAAGAAGUAA